UUGUAAUAAGGACGGAGAAAGAACCAAUAAAGGUCGAACACACAUGCUGACAGAUCUUACAGAGAACCGUUUGGGCUACUUUAUAGUCGGGAACUAAAGAUAGCGCUCUGCAAAGUGUAAAAGUUAUAAAUAAAAGAUAGUAUAGUGUUUUGGGAAAGAUACACAAGGAGUACCCCAUCUUCUCUCAAAGAUGUCUGAUAUAUCGAAUGGACCGCCUGUUAAAUUAUUGAAGCGUCGGAACUCGAACCUACAAGACUGGAAGGAAGCACAUGAGGCGCUGCUGGGAUCUGGGAUAGAGGACUUCGAGGAGAAGCUCUUUAAUUUCCUCUGUGACCAUAAUGGUUUCGUCUCCAUGGACCGAUUCAAGAACUUGCUGGAGGAGACGGGCCUGCGUGAUAGCGACUUCCGGUUGCGGGAGACGAUGACAAAGUUUCGUGAGAUUCUGGAACGCCAGCUGCACGAUGAACACGAGCUUAGAGGAAUGGUGGAUAAGGAGACAUUCAAAAACUGCGUUUCAGAUAACAUCGUUGUCAUCUCCAAAGCCUUGACGUCCCAAUUCAUCAUCCCAGAGUUUCGAACCUUCACCGAGAUCAUUGAUGAAAUCUUCGAGAAAUGCAGAGACAACGAACUUGGAAAGCCUGCCCAGUACAUCCCGCAGUUGGCCCGCGGUAACCCGGCUCACUGGGGAGUCUCCAUCUGCACCAUUGACGGACAGAGGUACGAUUUGGGUGUGACGGACAUCCCAUUCUGCCUACAGUCUGUGGUGAAACCCCUGGUGUACGCCAUGACCUUAAAUGACCUUUCCCCGGAGGAGGUGCACAAGUACGUGGGCCAGGAACCUAGCGGCCGCUCCUUUAACGAGCUCACACUAGACUAUCAGCAUAAGCCCCACAACCCGAUGAUCAACGCGGGAGCCAUAGUAACGUCCUCGCUGCUCCAGAAGGGCAAUGUCAUCGCAGACAGAUUUGACUAUGCGAUCGCAGAACUGAAGAGACUAGCCGGACAGGAACACAUCUCCUUCAACAACUCUGUCUACCUGUCAGAGCGGGCAACGGCGGACCGAAACUUUGCCCUCGGUUACUACAUGCGAGAAAAUAAGUGUUUCCCUCCUGAAGCUGACCUGGUUGAAACUCUGGAGUUUUACUUUCAACUAUGCUCGAUCGAGACGACGGCGCAGUCGGGAGCCGUGAUCGCGGCCACGCUGGCGAACGGCGGCAUCUGCCCGACGACCGGCGACAAGGUGCUCACUUCCGACGCCGUGCGGAACACACUGUCUCUCAUGCACUCCUGUGGAAUGUACGACUACUCUGGACAGUUCGCUUUCAAUGUUGGGUUGCCGGCGAAGUCAGGUGUGGCGGGCGGGGUGAUGCUGGUCAUCCCAAACCUGAUGGGCAUCUUCACGUGGUCACCGCCCCUUGACCAAUGGGGAAACAGCUCCCGAGGCGUACAGUUCUGUGAGGAACUUGUGGCCAACUUCAAUUUUCACAACUACGACAACCUGAAGCACACGAGCCGGAAGUACGACCCACGUGGGCAUGCGCACGAGAGCAAGGCCCAGGACGUGGUUAACCUGCUCUUUAGUGCCUUCAACGGUGAUGUCACCGCCAUGAGAAGGUACGCGUUACUAGGGAUGAACAUGUCGUUGGCGGACUAUGACGGGCGGACAGCGCUCCAUCUGGCGGCAGCGGAAGGUCACGAGACCAUUGUCCGCUUCCUGUUGGAGAAGUGUAACGUCUGCUCCCACCUUAGGGACAGGUGGGACUUCACCCCGUACGACGAUGCCAAGCGUUUCAAGCACGAUGCAGUGGCGACCAUUUUACUGGACCACAUGAAAAAGAACCCACUCGCGGAUGGGAAAUCUUUCCAGAUAGAAGAUGUUGAAGAAAAGAUGAAGAACCUCAGACAUUACGACUGAAAACCAUUUCACCUCUUCGUUUUUAUAGUUUUUAUAUCAAAAUUUCAUAUAUUUUGUGUCGUCGUCAGUGUCGACGUUGUAUUGGUGCAAACACAUACACAUUACAUUUUUUAACAUGAAACUUUGUACUAAUGUUUACGUUGACCAUAUAAACAGGUGCAUGAAGUCCCGUAACUCUGACUCAAAUAUUUGUAGAGUUAUUCCCCCUGAUCAACUGAAAGCAGAGCGGACGAGUGACGUUAGGUCCUAAGCGUGUAUCUCUAUACAGGGUUAAUAUAUUAUAUUUUAUUGAUAUUUUUUUUGCAUAGAGAAAAGUGUGCAUUUUAAAACUACAUGUUUCGAAAUUAUACAGGGCCCAAUUUCUCGAAACUUCUGAAGUCCCUUAUAACAGAAUU